AUGAGACCAUCAACCAGAUUCUUGAGAAGCGUUACCAGAACUGUUCCAAUCGGUUUCAGAUCUACUACUGUGCCAUUUGUAUCUAGCACUUUGAGAUCUAGUGCUGCAACCUCCAACCAGUUUUCUGCUAGGUUUUCCGGUGUUAGAUUCUAUGCUGAUGAAGCCAAGAAGGAAGAACCUAAGGAUGAGAACGAUGCAGCUGCAGCUGAAGAAGACGCAAAUUUGACUGAAGAGCAAAAAAAGAUUAAAGAUUUGGAAACCAAGUUGGAUGCCAAGACUAAGGAAGCCUCUGAAUUUAAGGACCGUUUGUUGAGAUCAGUUGCUGAUUUCAGAAAUUUGCAAGAAGUUACCAAGAAGGAUAUCCAAAAGGCCAAGGAUUUCGCUUUGCAAAAAUUCGCCAAGGACUUGUUGGAAUCCGUCGACAACUUUGGCCAUGCUUUGAACGCUUUCAAACCAGAAACUCUGGAACAAUCUCAAGAGCUUUCUGAUCUAUAUACCGGUGUCAAGAUGACCAGGGACGUUUUCGAAAAGACUUUGAAGAAGCACGGUAUUGAACAACUAAAUCCAAUUGGCGAAUCUUUUGAUCCAAAUAAGCACGAAGCUACUUUCGAAUUGCCUCAACCAGACAAGGAACCAGGUACCGUUUUCCACGUUCAACAAAUUGGUUACACUUUGAACGACAGAGUUAUCAGACCAGCUAAGGUCGGUAUUGUUAAGGACAAUGAAAAUUAG